ACCCCCAGGACAGCAGCAGCAAUGUGGAGCACCCGCCCAUAUUUACGCGCUUGACCAGGACCAGGCCGCAGGGCAGCCAGGUACCAUGUCUGGCUUGUUAUCUUUGUUCCAUACUCCAGUCUUCGCUUUAUUCGAUACCGGGGCGACCCGUUCAUUCAUCUCGGCCAAGUGCUUGUCUGCCUUAGGGGCCCAGGGAGUGAGUACUGUUGACGCUCUCGAGAUCAGUCUCGCAUCGGGAAGGAAGAUAGUUACGAGUUCCCUGGCCAAGAACCUUAACAUCGAUAUCGGGGGCCGAGCUCUUGUCGUAGACGCGUUUGUGAUUGAUAUGAAUGACUUUGAUUUAAUUCUUGGCAUGGAUUGGUUGGCGAGAUACGAAGCAGACAUCCGGAGACAAGGUGUUCCUGAAAGUCACGCCGAUGAAGGGUGUUGUACGAUUCGGAAGAAGGGAAAGCUGCAGCCCCGAUUCAUAGGGCCAUUCGAUAUUCUCGAACGAUUUGGCGAUAUUCUCGAACGAUUUGGCGUGACAGCCUACCGUCUGGCGUUACCCCCAGAGCUCUCGGGUGUACACAACGUCUUCCAUGUGUCUAUGUUGAGAAAGUAUGUAUACGACCUGAGCCAUGUAGUGAACUUUGACGAGCUAGAG